CUUGGGAGACAUCCGGGAAAAUCUUAUUUUGGCUCUUAACGAAGGUUUUGUGACUGAAGACGUGAAACUUAACCUCUCGGAAAAAGACGAAAUUGCUGUUAUUCCACCUUUAAGUGGAGGAUAAAAUGGACAAACCAAAGGAUAUUGUACAACUGCAACAUGCCAGAUUAAAUAUAAAUGAUAUAGUGGAUUUGGUAACGUCGCCAAAAAGUGGAGCAAUUUCCACUUUUAUAGGAACCACGCGAGAUAACUUUGGAAGCAAGAGUGUGCUGAAAUUAGAAUAUGAAGCUUACGAACCAAUGGCAUUAAAGGAGAUGAAGAAUCUCUGCGCAAAAGUGCGUUCUCAGUGGGAAGUCGAUCGAAUAGCAAUAUUCCAUCGCUUGGGGGAAGUUCCAGUUUCCGAAGUAAGCGUGGUUAUUGCCAUUUCUUCCGCUCACAGAAAAGAAUCCCUCGAAGCUGUGAACAAUGCAAUUGAUAUGCUUAAAGCCUCGGUUCCAAUCUGGAAGAAGGAAAUUUAUGCAAAGGAGGAACCCCAAUGGAAAGAAAACAAGGAAUGCUCCUGGUCUUCCUCAGGUGGAUCGUUGCGGAGUGAGGAAAACCGUUUCCAAGAAAAAGUGAAAAUCGAAGUCCCUUCGGAGGAUGAGGACGACAAUUUUUCGGAUGGAAAAUCUCAUGUGAUCAUUGAUCCCAGCAUUGUGCAAGUGAGAGCGGAUUCGGAAGAACUGAAUCGUCGAAUUCAAGCUUUUAUUUCGAGAAAACGCGAGCAAGUUAAUCUUGUGAAUGUACAGGAAUUUUGUUUCCAUGGAAGUGGAGCAGAUGAAACAAUAGAGUCUUGUGCUCGAGUGGAUGCUAUUCUUACGAGACAUAAGGACUCCAAGAGUCAUAUGAAAGUUCACAGAGUAUUGAAUCCGUGGGGUCCACAGACAACCGUUCCAUCUACUUUAGAGAAAACGAAGACAACGGAUCAGUCCUGUAAUUAUCCGCCAGCACUGGAAGAACGCUUGUCAAGCAGCGAAAAACUUUUAGGAAUCAAUAAACCCGUGCCUCGAGAUAUAUACGAAAGACUUAAAAUCAUUGAGGAUCGAGUCUUACAGUUGGAAAGCCUUUCUCCAGAGUAUAGAGACUUUUGGGUGGGUGAACAUAAUGAAAGUUUGAAUAAAAUAUUUAGGCCAGAUAGAAAGCGGACGUUUUUGACGGCUGAGCUUGAUACGAAGCUUCACGAACUGGAAGAUAGGUAUGCUAAGAAGAUCAAAUGAAUGCAGUCGCACUUUUUCUCUAAAAUUGUACAUAAUUACUUAG